AUGGCGGAGGGUCGUGGCUUCCCUGGCAUGUUGGGUAGUAUUGACUGCAUGCAUUGGCAAUGGAAAAAUUGUCCAAAUGCGUGGAAAGGUAUGUACAUGAGUGGUUAUCGUGGGGUUGCAACCAUUGUACUUGAGGUUGUAGCAUCUUCAGACCUUUGGAUAUGGCAUGCGUUCUUUGGAGUUUCUGGUUCAAACAACGAUAUCAACGUGUUAGAUCGUUCUCCAGUAUUUGAUGACAUUCUAAAUGAUCGUACUCCGGAGGUAAAUUAUACUAUUAAUGGUAAUAAUUAUACAAUGGGAUACUACUUAGCAGAUGGUAUUUAUCCUGAAUGGGUCACAUUUGUCAAAUCAAUCUCAAAGCCACAAGGGGAGAAACGCAAGUUAUUUGCACAAUACCAAGAAGGGCAAAGAAAAGAUGUGAAACGAGCAUUCGAAGUGUUGCAAGCACGCUUUGUAAUUAUACGUGGUCCAGCUCGUUUUUGGGAAAAGAAAAAGCUUGCCAACAUAAUGAGAGCUUGUAUUAUAUUGCAUAAUAUGAUUGUUGAGGAUGAAAGAGACACUUAUGCAGGAAAUUUUGCUCAAGGCUUAGAGUAUGAUGAUGUUGAAAAUGGAUUAUCACAACCUCAGCUGGGAGAAGAAGAUUUUGCACCAUACCAUCAAUUUCUCCAAAAAAAUGCCCAACUUCGAAAUAGGCAGCAGCAUAGACAAUUGAAAGAGGACUUGAUUGAACACAUAUGGCAAUUUCACAAUGCUUGUCGUCAACUGUGGGCCAUAAACAGGAACUGGGAUGAGUUCCCUACUGGAGAUGGUCUAAUAGAAUCGUAUAAUAAAGACUUGUUUUAUACGUCAUUUGGAUUUGUGUGA